AUGGAGAACUACCAAAAGUUGGAAAAGGUCGGCACAUACGGUGUUGUCUACAAAGCGCGAGACCUUGCCAAUAAUGGCCGCAUUGUCGCCCUGAAAAAGAUUCGGCUCGAAGCAGAAGACGAAGGUGUCCCCAGCACCGCCAUCCGGGAAAUCUCUCUCCUGAAAGAGUUAAAAGACCCCAAUAUUGUCCGACUAUUCAACAUUGUUCACUCGGAUGGCCACAAACUCUACCUUGUCUUUGAGUUUCUAGACCUAGAUCUGAAGCGAUAUAUGGAGGCGCUGCCUGUCAGCGACGGUGGACGUGGAAAAGCCCUCCCCGAGGGAUCUUCAUCGACCGUUAUGUCGCUGGGCCUUACCGACGUGGUGGUCCGGAAGUUUAUGAUGCAGCUGUGCGACGGAAUCAAGUUUUGUCAUUCCCGACGAGUGCUUCACCGUGAUCUGAAGCCGCAGAACUUGCUCAUUGACAAGGAGGGUAACUUGAAGCUGGCUGAUUUCGGUCUCGCCCGUGCUUUUGGUGUGCCUUUGCGGACGUAUACACAUGAAGUGGUGACGCUGUGGUAUCGAGCUCCCGAGAUUCUUCUCGGUGGACGACAGUACUCGACUGGUGUGGACAUGUGGUCGGUUGGCUGCAUCUUUGCCGAAAUGUGUACACGCAAGCCCUUGUUCCCUGGUGACUCUGAGAUUGACGAGAUUUUCAAGAUUUUCCGAGCACUUGGCACUCCGGAUGAAGAAGUUUGGCCCGGCGUCACUUCAUACCCUGAUUUCAAGUCAUCAUUCCCCAAGUGGAAGAGAGACUAUAGACAAUCACUGUGCCAAAACCUCGACGAAAAGGGUUUGGAACUUCUCGAAAUGAUGCUCGUAUACGAUCCUGCCGGCCGAAUCUCUGCCAAGCAGGCGUGCAACCACCCUUACUUCGAAGACUACCUCGCUGAGCAGCAGGAAGAAGUUGGGCGUAUGAAUGGCUACUACAAUUAG